CAAAAGAGAAGAGUCCCUUAUGGUGAGAGCACAGCUUUCAGCUUCUUACUGUUUUGUUUUGCGUUGGGGGGUUGCUUUUUGUUUUUGUUUUGUUUUAUGUUGAGACAGGGUUUGUCUGUGUAGCCCUGACUGUCCUGGAACUCACUCUGUAGACUAGGCUGGCCUCGAACUCACAGAGAUCUGCCUGCCUGUGCGUCCCAAGUGCUGGUAUUAAAGGUAUGUUCUUUUAGUUUCUAAAGAAAGGUCCCACCUGGUCUACAUAGUGAGUUCCAGGACAGCCAGGACUGUUUCACAGAGAAACCCUGUCUCAAACCCCACCCCCCAUCCCCAAAAAAGGGCCCAUAACCUUAGAAUAAGGCACAAUUGGAACUGCCAAAGAGACUGGGUCCAGAAGAAGGGAGGAGCCAAAGGCUGGCCUGUGUGCCACCAUUUUGGCAGUUGCAAGAUCCAGUCCUGAGCCCAUUGGCUAGUGCUGAAAGGCAAGAGCCCAGAGUGGAGUGAGUCUACAGAGCAAGCUGACAGCCCCUCUGGUGCCCCUUCCUGGCAAGGAGAGGUUGAUAAUGCUGGCCUCUGCCUAGAAGAGGAUGACCUUUUGCUGAAGCUGAGGUGAAGAGGGACAUCCAGGGCCCAAGAGCAUGGUAGUCGUGCCAGGCUGCAGAAUCCACACUCCCCCCUGGCUCACACAUCAGUGUCUGAUAUUGCUGUAAAACUCACCUGGAGAUCACAGGAUAUUGCUUCCCUUCCCAAAUGUACAGACCAAGAAACAAAAUCCCAGAGACAGGACAGAGACUUGGUUACUGGAGGCCAAGCUGUCACCUUCCUUCUGCAGGGGUAAAUGACUCAGGGGAAUCUGCACUGCUGCAGACACAAGCUGACAGCCCAGCAGCCAGGCCUCCCUUGGCUGCCCCCCAUCCAUGGAGCUGCUGGCAUACCAGUCUGCCUGGCCUCACUGGAUUCUGCUCCUCACAAGCAAAGAAGCCAGCCCUUAGCAGUGCCUGACCAAAGACUGGUUCUCAGCAUCUCCCCAGUGUAAAAUUUCCUGAGCCCCAGAUCACCCAUGACUCACUUGGGAGCCCUGGAAAGAACAGGCCCUUCCUCUGAGUCUUUCUCCCUCAAAGCUAGAAUUGAGACCUAGAACCAGCUGGUAUCCUGUAUAACUGUUCACCUGAGACUCUGGACUUCUGACUCAGUAACUUGACCCCCUUCCAACCAUUGCCUCAGUUGACCUAGCUGUAGCAUGGGAACAGUCUCCCUUGACUUCCACAGAACUGAUGUGAGGAUAAUAUAAAAUACUGGAUGGGAAUGCUUGGGACCUGUGAUGCAAAGGAAAGUAAAUGGGACCCGCAGGCUCCCAGCCCCUCCUUCAGUGUCCUAGCUCCACCCUUACCAGGCACUGAGGUUCAUAUCUUAUUCCUAUUAAACAAAAUAUAACUCAUGAGAAUGAGAGAAGACAGUGAUGGGGGACUUGCAGCACUGUCAGUCAGACCUUACACCCUCUGUUGUGAAGACUGGAGGUGGCCCUGGAGGCCAAGCCAUAUGCCCUGUCCCUGAUGGGCCCCUUCACUUCAGCGGGAAGCAGGUACACCAAUGUAGACUGCUAUGCAACUGCUACCCAGCCCAAACACAAAUGAAGUCAAACCUCCCACAUACUCUGGGGCUCAAGCUCGGGAUAACGGAAUAAGCAACAGUGCUUUGGGGGUACAUGGGACUACAGGGCGCACCAAUCAAGCAGAAAUCCAGGAGGGCAGGGGCUUGCAGGUGGGUGGAAGGCGGGUGGGUUGUGGGAGACAGAGAGAAGCUGGGCAGGCCUCGGCCCCUCCCCAAUCCUUCCCAGCGCGCCGCUGGCGACAUUGCCCCUCCUGGGCAGGGGGCGGAGAAGACCGCCACAGGAGGGGAGGAGGCGGCCGCGCGGAGGCGGUAGUGGAGGAGGGAUUUGGAGUUUCCCUCCGCAGCGGUGGUAGCGGCGGCGGCCCCUAAGCUCUAGGAGAGGCCGCAGCCCGGAGGUCUGGUGGCAUUUGCUGGUGGCAGUAGCGCUUCUCACUGCCGAGCUACGGAAACUUCCUGGCCGCGACGCACAGAGCCAGGGAUCAAUCUGAGACUAGCAGAGCACCCGCUGCCAGACGUGCAGAAGUGCAGAACACUGCGCACCCAUGGAGAGUCUGGGUCGUUCAUGCCUGUGGCUGCGCCAGGAGCUGUCGCCCCCGCAGCCACAGCUUCUACUGCUGGACUGCCGCAGCCAGGAGCUGUACGAGUCAGCGCGCAUCUGCGGGGCUUUGAGCGUGGCCCUGCCCGCCCUAAUGCUGCGCCGCCUCCGUAGAGGGAGCCUGUCCGUGCGCUCGCUCUUGCCUGGGCCACCGCUGCAGCCUCCCCCACCCGCUCCUGUGCUUCUGUACGACCAGGGUAGUGGCCGAUGCCGCCCUGAAGAGGCAGAGGCCGAAGCCCAAGAGUGGGAGGCUGACUCGGUGCUGGGCAUUCUGCUCCAGAAGCUGCGAGAAGAAGGCUACCUGGCCUACUACCUACAGGGUGGUUUCAGCAAAUUCCAGGCCGAGUGUCCUCAUCUUUGUGAAACCAGCUUCAGUGGUCAUGCUGGCUCAAGCCUGGCCCCAGUGCCUAGCUCAGUGCCUGUGGUGGGGCUAGGUAACCUGUGCUUGGGCUCUGAUAUCUCCGAUGCAGAGUCUGAGGCUGAUCGCGACUCCAUGAGCUAUGGCCUAGAUUCGGAGAGCACCACGUCCCCUCCAACUGGGCUGCUACCACCCUUCCCAGUUCAGAUCCUGCCCAAUCUCUACCUAGGCAGUGCCCGAGAUUCAGCCAACUUGGAGAGCCUGGCUAAACUUGGCAUCCGCUAUAUCCUCAAUGUCACCCCCAAUCUCCCUAACCUUUUUGAGAAGAAUGGUGACUUCCACUACAAGCAGAUCCCCAUCUCUGACCACUGGAGCCAGAAUCUGUCCCAGUUCUUUCCGGAGGCCAUUGCAUUCAUUGAUGAGGCCUUGUCCCAGAACUGUGGGGUGCUCGUCCAUUGCCUGGCAGGGGUCAGCCGCUCUGUCACUGUCACCGUGGCCUACCUCAUGCAGAAGCUCCACCUCUCACUCAACGAUGCCUACGACUUGGUCAAGCGGAAGAAGUCUAACAUCUCGCCCAACUUCAACUUCAUGGGGCAGCUGCUAGACUUUGAGCGCAGCCUGCGCCUGGAGGAGAGGCGCUCUGGGGGGCAGGGCAGUGGGGGACCAGAGUCCACUGUCUCAGACCCACCUUCUUUCUUUACUACGCCUACCAGCGAUGGGGUCUUUGAGCUGGACCCCACAUAAAACCAUGUGGGGCUCCUGGGCUGGUCCCUACCCAUGACCCCAUGUAUUAGCAGGGAUGGGAUACAGCCAUAAGUGGGGAGGGGGAGGGGGAGGGGAAGCUCAAUACCUCACUCGGGGGUGAUGGAGCAAGGCAGGAACAGAGCAGAGACCUGCCCUACCCCGUAUUCUAUUACAUGUGCCUAUGGGUGGGCCCGUGCCUACAGGCCUGACCCGCACCGCUUUAGGGCAGGACCAUGCUCCAGAACCUGCCUCUUCUGCGACUGUUACUUUAUUCUUUUAGGGUGGGAGUGGGGCUUCCUAUCCAAGAGAUCAUUCCAGAUUGCUGCCUGCUGCCUGGGCUCUGUCCCUUCUUGCUGUUUCCUCUUCAGGAAGAGUGAAUCACACUUUGCCACAGGGAUCUACUCAUAGUUCCUUCCCUGUCCCCAAAUGGCUACCUGUGGUAAAAGACCUCACAACUCUCACUGGUGUAGUCUCCUUCCUGCCUCUCUGACUAGGACUUAGACCUCUUGGGGCUCCGGGGUGUGGACUCGGAGACGCAAUGGCUGCUCUCGGCAUCCACAGGGACAGCCUCUCUGGGUGGCUUUUUGCUGGGCAGUGUCUCAUGGGAGGGCAAGGGCCUGGGAGCCAAUAGGCAGAAUCCCAGCCACACAUCUGGUGCCCUGACUGUUUCUUUCCUCCUCCCCCAGAUGUCUUGACAGGAUCACUGAGACUCUUUGUGACUGAGGGUGGUCAAACUGCCACCGGAGGAGAUGGGGUCUCAGAGUGAGAGCUGAGGGGGAGGGAGAGAAGGAUGAAGGCCUCAAUUUUGCUGCUGUGUGUCUCACACAGCCAGUGUUGGUUUGGGGGGCAGGGAAAGGGCUAAGCUGCAGAUACACACAUGGUCAUUCAUUGCAGCCCACACGCCUUUGUAAACACUGUGUAUGUAUGUGUGUGAGUGUUCACACAUGCACACUAGCCUACUCACACAUUCAGCCUGGGGCUGGCAAUACCUGUGGCAGCAGGACCAUCUUGUCUUUGGACCUGGAGAAGGUUGUGCUUAUUUGUUUUUGUAAUCCACUUCAUAAUUGCUUUCUUUAAUUGUUCCUCCUGAAUAAACAGUUUAUUUAAGAUACUGAA